GUUGAGGCGCCACACUCCAUCCUUCUGCGACGAGUCCCUGUUUGGUGCCAAGCCCGAGGGUCCGGCCUGGGCAGCUCCGUGGAUGAGGAAAGAAGACGUGGCCAAGCUCCAUCCGCUGCUCUGGAGCCCUCCGCCUGGCCCCCGAAACCAGCCCAGCUUUUCCCCUCGCUCCAGAGGGACGCCCUUGAGAGCCGUCCACCCGCAAACCCCGGCGACUCCAGCAACAGCAGGCUUCGAGGCGGGCCAUGAGGGCAAGUCCUGCGUCUGGAAGCGUCCCGAGAGCAAUUCGGGCUUCCAAGGCCGGGGUGCUCCCAGCAGAGGACGUUCCCAGUCUCUCAGUCAGCUGAACACCACCUCAGAUGGGCUCUGCCUGGCUUCAGACAAUCCCAAGACAGAAAGGUGUAAAAACCAGAGCCCUCCGAGAGCCCCUGUGACCCGCCAAGGCCCUCUGAUGCGAGGUCGAUCAAAAAGCAUCUCCAGACCUUCUUUGGCCAUGAACUCCCAGGCAGCGGGUGGCUGCAAACCCAGACCUCCCUGGAAGUGA